UAUCAUCAUUCGUGUAUGAAGCGGUGUUAACUUUUAUUUUAUUUUUCUGUUUCGUUUAAUAUUGUAGCAGUAAUUAUCACAAUAAUGUGUUUUUAUUAAGUUCAAAUCAUAUAAAAAGUAAAUUAGUUAAUAAUUCAAGAAAUUAUGUUAGCAAUCGUGCAUAUGCUUUGUUGUGAGAACCACCUUUAUCUGCUGUCAUUUUAAGUUAUAGUAAGAAAAUUUUCGAUAAUGAAACAUAGGCUGUUAAUCAAACAAUAAGUUAUUCAUGAUAAGAUCGCCCGAGAAGUGUAAAACAGUAUCUAGUUGAUGUGUCGUAAUGAGAAUAGUGUUUUUCUCCGGAGUAGUGAAUUGGAGAAUGUGCGGUGGCGUUUAGGAUCUGUAAGGGUCAGAGACAGAGUUCAGCAUGGGAACGGUAAAAGAUGAAGAACGUAUGCGACGUCUACGUUUGCUGGAGGAGAGGCUUUGUGACCCUCGCUCGACCGGCAACGUGGAUUGUCUCCUGGACACAGUCACAGCACUGAUAUCUGAUUGCGAUCACCCGGCCAUUCGACGUAUGAAAAACGUCGAAGCUUAUACCAGCAGAUAUGAGGAAUUUGCAUCAGACAUAGUUGACCUGCGUUUGAAAGCAGCAGAUUUUGAUCUUAUUAAAGUAAUCGGUCGGGGGGCAUUUGGGGAAGUACAACUAGUCAGGCAUAAAUCUACUAGAUCAGUUUAUGCUAUGAAACUUCUUAGUAAAGUAGAAAUGAUUAAAAGAUCUGACUCAACAUUUUUCUGGGAAGAGAGACAUAUUAUGGCACAUGCCAACUCUGAGUGGAUUUUGAAAUUACACUUUGCAUUUCAAGAUCAAAAGUAUCUUUAUAUGGUAAUGGACUAUAUGCCUGGAGGUGAUCUGGUUAGUUUAAUGUCUAAUUAUGAUAUACCUGAGAAAUGGGCCAAAUUUUAUACAAUGGAAAUAGUCUUAGCUCUAGAUGUUAUUCAUGGAAUGGGUUUUGUUCAUAGAGACGUUAAACCUGAUAACAUGUUGAUAGACAAAUAUGGUCAUUUGAAGCUAGCAGACUUUGGUACUUGUAUGAGAAUGGGUCCUGAUGGACUUGUGCGUGCCAGUAAUGCUGUGGGUACCCCUGACUACAUAUCUCCUGAAGUACUGCAAUCCCAAAAUGGCGAAGGGGUUUAUGGUAGGGAGUGUGAUUGGUGGGCUGUUGGAAUAUUUUUAUAUGAAAUGCUUAUAGGAGACCCACCUUUUUAUGCUGAUAGUUUAGUAGGUACUUAUGGGAAAAUUAUGGACCAUAGAAAUUCCUUGCAAUUUCCUGAUGAUAUAGACAUUUCAAGAGAUGCUAAAUCACUUAUAAGAGGUUUGCUGACUGAUAGAGCCAGAAGACUGGGCAAAAACAGUGUAGAUGAAAUUAAACAGCAUCCUUUUUUUAUAAAUGACCAGUGGAGCUUUGAAAAUCUAAGGGAUUCAGUGCCACCAGUUGUGCCUGAGCUGUCUAGUGAUGAUGACACCAGGAAUUUCGAUGACAUUGAUAAGUCAGAUGCAUUAGAUGAAUCUUUUCCAGAGCCUAAAGCUUUUGUAGGAAAUCAUCUUCCCUUUGUAGGAUUUACUUACAAUGGUGACUACCAACUCUGUGGAGGAAGAAUUAAACCAGCUGAUGUUGUAGACACUAUAUCAAAUAAUCAUAUAAAUAAUGUUGGAUCUGAAGCUAUACUACAAUUAGAAAAAUUAUUAGAGAGGGAAAGGGAUUCAAGAAGAAAAUUAGAGGAUAGGCAAGUGAUGUUAUGUAAUCAGUUAGAAGACAUGUCUCAAAGAGAAGUUAGAAAUAAGAAAAUUGUUGCUGACACAGAUAAGGAACUGGCCUUAUUAAAACAUGACCUGAAGGAAAUUCAAAGAAAGGCUGAAAUUGAAGCUGAUUCAAGACGAAAAGCAGAAAUGAAUUAUAAUGAUGUUAAACGACGGUUAGAUGAAGAACAAAGUAAAAGGGUGAAAGAGAUGAGUAGUUUACAAAUUUACAAUGAAAAGAUUAACAUCUUGGAAAAGCAGUUAACUGAAAUGCGCGAGAAGUUAAAACAAGAAUCAGAAGCUGCAGCUAAAUCUAGGAAGCAGGCAGCAGAAUUGAGUGCAGCACAAGCAGCAGCAGCAGCAGCUAGCGAUGGUACUGUAGCGAGCUUAAGAGCCCAGCGAGAUGCUUUAGAGAGGGAAUGUAGUUCACUCUCUGAGGAAUUGGGUACAGUAAAGGCAGCUAAACAACGUUCAGAAGCAACUGUUGUUGAGUCUACAAGUAGAUUAAAUGCUGCUCACAUUGAAAUGGAAAGAUCUGCCUCUAAGAUAAACCAAUUACUAGCUGACAAUCGGCAGCUAUCUGAGCGUGUAUCUUCAUUGGAAAAAGAAUGUACUUCUUUAUCUCAUGAUCUCAGGACAUCUCAACAUUUGUAUCAGCAAGAAGUAAGAGCACAUCAAGAGACACAACGAUCUCAACUGUUGUCUAAACAGGAAGCGAACUUAGAGCUAGUGAAGGCAUUGCAAGGAAAAUUGAAUGAAGAGAAACAAGCAAGACAGCGAGCUGAGGCCGGUUCACAAGAAAAAGAUAGACAAAUGUCUAUGCUAAGUGUAGACUAUAGACAGAUGCAGCAACGCUUGCAAAAAUUGGAGGGUGAACAUAGACAGGAAGGUGAAAAGGUGGCAGGCCUUCAAGCGGCGCUAGAGCAAGAAAGAGACGCAAGGCUAUCCGCGAGCGCCGAAACAGCAGCGGCUGAAAGUAGUGCGCGUGCGGCGGCAGCUGAAAGAGAUGCACGCGCACGGGAACUUAUUGCUAUUCGCGCGGCUUUGCACGAUGCAACCGAAAAGCUUGCGGCGGCUAGCGCUGAACGUGACAUGCACUAUGCAAGGAGCGAAGAACUACGCUCCCAGUUGGAGAACGAGCAACACUACUGUGUUAUGUACCGAACGCAAGCGAACGAUGCGCGUGCGCAACUCGACGAGAAUGCCCGCGCAAAUCGCGACCUUGAACAAGAGCGGGCGAGUCUUAUGCAUCAAUUGCAAUUAGCUAUUGCCCGGGCAGACUCGGAGGCUAUUGCUAGGUCCAUAGCGGAAGAAACAGUGGGCGAACUAGAGAAAGAGAAGACGAUGAAAGACCUGGAGAUGCGGGAGGCUCUCACUCAGCAUCGAAGCGAAUUAUCAGCAAGAGAUGCGUUGGUUCAAGGUCUUAGGGACCGGGAUCAUGAGAAUAGGGCUACCAUUGACCUGCAAAGGAAGGAAGUGGACGAGUUGCGCCGGAGCGGUACAGCCCUAGCAGAGCGUGUAGCAACAUUACAGCGUCUCCAGGAAGACGUCGAUAGAUUGAACAAGAAACUCAACUCUGAGAUCAUGCUUAAGCAACAGGCUGUUAAUAAGUUGGCCGAAAUCAUGAACAGGAAAGACAUGAACCCAGCGUCCACGAAGAACAAGAGCAAGAUGUCAGUACGCAAAGACAAAGACUAUCGCAAGCUGCAACAGGAGCUGACGAGGGAGAAGGAGAAGUCGGACCAGCACAUCUCCAAAUUGCAGAGGGAUCUUCAGGACUCGCAGCAGCAGCUCAUCGAGGAGCAGCAGACGAGGCUUCGACUCGCUAUGGAGGUUGACAGCAAAGACGCGGAGAUAGAACAACUCAAAGAGAAGCUGGCAGCGUUGACCAGCGAAACAGCAUCCCAGUCGUCAGCCGAUGCGGAAGACGGAGAAACGGAACAGACCCUCGAGGGUUGGCUUUCAGUUCCAUUCAAGCAGAAUAUAAGGAGACACGGGUGGAAAAAGCAGUAUGUGGUCGUGUCUUCUAAGAAGAUCAUCUUCUACAAUACCGAGAAUGACAAGCAGAAUACAACUGACCCAGUCAUGAUAUUGGAUUUAAGCAAAGUCUUCCAUGUUCGUUCCGUGACACAAGGCGACGUAAUCCGGGCUGAUGCAAAGGACAUCCCGCGUAUAUUCCAGCUUUUGUACGCUGGUGAAGGGGAAGCCAGGAGACCUGGUGACGCACAGGAUCAGCCAACCGAUGGAGUAGAUCAUACUGGUAACACAGUACAGCAUAAGGGUCAUGACCUGGUCAGCAUAACGUAUCACAUCCCGACGGCAUGUGAAGUUUGUACUCGACCACUUUGGCAUAUGUUCCGUCCACCACAGGCCUACGAGUGCCGACGCUGCCGCAUGAAAGUGCACGCCGAGCACGUGUUGGAGGCGGGCGGGGAGGGCGUGGCAGCGUGCAAAUUGCACGCGGACAGAGCGCGGGAGUUGUUGCUGCUGGCGCCUGUAGCGCAGGAGCAGCGGCGUUGGGUGGCCCGACUUGCCCGCAGGGUGCAGCGGUACGGCUACAGGGCUGCUCACAACCAUGACCAUACCAAGUUGUCGCCAAGAGAUUCAAUGCGAUCCAAUCUCAAAGCGGCGUACAUGAACGCAUCGCAGCGUAGUUCGACUUUGCCCGCUAACACGGCACUACCGAGGCAGUAAAGACAAAAUAACGUAUAUUAAUUAUACACACACAUAGAAUAUUACAAAUACUAUAGAACCAAAUAGAAACAAAAUAACCGACUUCAAAAUGUACAAAAGCAAUAAUUCAGUAUACUCCCUUUAUAACCUGAUGGGACAGUCUCAUCUUUGAAAGAAGAAUUCACCCGAGGACCUCAGUUUUUGAAGUCGGUUAAAAUUAUUGUCUUAUAGGUGCGGAGUACUCAAAUAAUCUUUGUGUAUAUUUACCGAAUUUGUAAUUUUCAUAGAAUAUGACAAAAUGUGAUAAUUGCUACAUGAUAUUUGACGAUCGGUUAGAUGGCGCUAGUGUCGAUACGAGAAAAUUGAAAUACUCGAUAAAUUGUGUUUUUUCACUGGAAUUUGACAAUAUGGUUUUUCACUAGAGAAAUUUUGCUAAUUUAAUUUUGGACCCGUUUUCAUUUUAUUGACAAUAACAAAUGUAUGGGUUAGUGGCUGCAUAAUUAAUUAUAUAUGCUCUUGGGCUUGUUCUGUUACUAGUGUCACAGACAAAAAACAUUUUCGCCAAUUUUUUUUUAAAUUAAAUUUUAUAUUUAUCUGGACGCAUCUUAGAAACGAAUUUACAUGCUUAACGACCCGUUUGUAACUCAAUAACUUGAUUUGGACCCCAAGUCACGAUCCCGUUUUGAGUACUGUCAAAUAUAACUUCGUAGUGACAAUCAGUUUGACAGCACUUGAAAUUAGAUUGACGAAUGACGUUUGAAUGCGGGGCUAUGAACGUUAAGCGCUAAUUUAACUUUCGAAAAUAAAUUAAAACCUAAUCGUACACAGACAUUUAAUAUCUAAUUGUGGCUUAAAGAGGUUUGACAUACGGAAGUCGUACUUGGCGCUAAGCAUCGACUUGUGCUACUUAGCAUGUACCAUAGAUAAUUUACUAUUUAGUUAAUUGAUGGAGCAUCCUUAUUACUAACAGAACAAUACAUGUUAGUAGCAAUUAAUGCCUUCGUGAUAUUAAUACCUAAAUUUGAGUUGUUGAUGGUGCAAAAUGGCCCAAUUACGUCACAAUUCUGCUAUUUAUAGAUUUUGUCUAAAUUCAAAUUUUGUAUUUGAUGUCUAUUACGAAAACGUCAAAGGAGUUUAAAUACGAAGUAAAAAGUAUAAUGAGCCGUGUUCGAUUUUUAAAUAUAGAUCUGACAGUCAAGACUAUUGGUUUUUUUUUUAAAUUUUUUGACAAUUUGAUUUGGUUUAACGUUGACAUUGAAUUAUUCAUUCAUUGUUUUAUGUUCAUAUUAGUACCAAUUUUGCUUAGUAAAUAUUUUUGUCUACAUUUGUGUUUUACGACAGUUAUUUUUUAUACUUCUAUGGAUUGCGUGGCUUUUUUCAAAAUUUGGCCGUCAAACAAACCAACUAUAAUCUUAAACAUUAGUAAUUGUGAAAUUAACCAAUAAGCUUACUAAAUAGUGUUCUGAAUGUCUGAUGUUGCUAUUUACGCGAGCUAGGCUUCUACAAGGUGUCUACCCACUUUCGCUAUUUAAAUGUGGGUAGAUGAAAAAAGUAGUGAUAACUCAAUGUUAAAAAAAUAUACCGUUCGUCCAUUUUGUUUCUACGUGAUAAUAGCGAUUUUAUAUGACAAUAUUAAUGUAAAGAAAUCCCGGUUUAAGGUAUUUUUAUAAAAUAUAUAAUUGUGACGAGAGACUGGUUAGUCAUUUAACUCGUUGAAAAACGAUUUACUAUUAGACAAUAUAGGACUUUAGUAAUGAAGAAUCCUUGUUAAAUGGAUUACACGGCCUACUGAACACAUGGAAUUUUUGUCUAAUCUCUUAUUCAACUGACCUGCGCUUGCUUAUUCAUAAAAACUAAAUCAGUCUAAUUGCACCGCUUUAACUAAAGUACAUACUCAUUUGUCUCUUUUCCUCACAGCGUAAAUACAAUUUGACGGACAGAGACAAACGUGUAACAUUGUUGAUUGAGUUUUUAUGAAUAUUUCAGUAACAGUGUAAAAAUACGGAUUCAACUUGUAUAAAUAAGAGGGUAGUAUGAAAAUUUACACAGGAAUUGAAUGAAUAUUUACAAAUUUGCACUAAUUUCGCCUCUCCAGCACAUAGCUUUUAAGAGCACGUCAUUCUGCGUACGCGUUAACGAAAUGGAGUGCCAUAAUUUCAAAUUUGCUCAAUAUCAAAUUCCUUAGGGCUUCCCAAAAUUUGUUUAUACAUAAUUUUUUGAAACACUGCCUGCGCAUAGCGAAUUAGAUUCCUCUUAGUUUUUUUAAGGAAAUAAAAUGUGUCUUGUAACCAUAAGUUAUGUCUGAGGGAUUUUUUUUGCACUACCCUCAUUCUUAUAAAUGUUAUGUGCUGUUGCUAAUUAGCACUUUAUACUUUUGGUCAAGCUAUUAAUACAAAAUAAGUAUGAGGGUAUAGGUAGACGGCCUAUUUUUAAGUAGUUUUCCAAAGGUGCCAAAAUCUUACCCUUUUCGACAAUGUACAAAUAUCGGGCUGGCGUGGUUUUACCAAUUUGAUGUGUAAAUCGUAAUCGUGAUCACAAAGUACAAAGCAAUUGUUAAAGUACACAGCGGAAUUGAUUUUUUCCUUAUUGACAAAAGGACGUUAGAAGUGAUGGAUGAGCUUUAUCUUCGUUGGUUGAGCUUGAGGUGUUGUAUGACACCCGGUGCUAAAGGAUGCAGGCCUCCAUAUUGUUAUUAGUGGUUCCCGUUAAAUGUUUCUGCCAUUGCUCUACUGUUAACAUUCCUGCAAAAGCUAUGUUGUUUUGUUUACCUUAGUUUUAUAUCGAGUUCUAUCGCCGAUCGCGAGCGCCGUGUAUUGUGAUAUGAUAUUUAAUUUUUGGUCUACCCUCUCAGUGAAACUUAGUGAAGCAUAUCAUAAAAACAACGGCGUUUGUAUGGUCAAUUAUCCGCUUCAACGUUGUAGGUUAAGGUGUAAAGCUUUUAAAAUAACUCGCAUAUUUCAGAGUAACGUACUUAUCUCUCGUUAAUUGAUUUCAUAUUUUUACGCUUAUUUUGUUUGAAUGCAUUUUUUAUGUUAGGGCAGCUAUUUCAUUGCUUAUGUCAUUCCAUCGUGUUUAUUUUUGUUACGGCGUUUUUUCGAUAUGUUGCCAAAGAAAUUUUUGGAAUUUUGUAAAAAUUUUGCAUUUUAUUUUCUGAUACACUGUCUUGUUCAUUCAUAGUAUGUUCGUGACACAAUUUGGGAGUAUUUUUAUUAACAUACGGUGGUGGUAUAAGGAAUACUCCCAGUUUGUCGUUAGAUCGUUGCGUCGAUAUUGAACAAUUAUCAAACGUGUAAUUUAUUUAUUUAUGGUAUUACAUUUUAUGCUCUCGUAUUUAUCAAUUUAUUGUAAGUUCCUAGAUAACUUUCUAAUUAUGAAUCGGCGCAGGCAUCUCGGAAUAACUUGUAUAUGGUUGUAAGUCGUAUAUUUUUGAAAUGUUAGGAAUCUAUUAGGGUUUAAUGAAUGACGCAAACGUCACCACGCGUACGCGCACGUAAUACGUCCGUACGUGUCACGCAAUACUAAUACUAACGUGCCUUAGCUACGCGGCCCACUCCCAUAUCAUGUAGGCGUAUGUUAUGUAUCUAUAGUUAUAUUGUAAAUAUUAUGUUUUGAAAUAAACCAAUAUUUUAUGGACUUUUAAGGAAUUGUAUAUUGUAAAGAUAAUUAUUAAUUUUAUCAUGUAAUAAUUAAUGCCUAGCUAAUAAGUGCUACAUUUGUGAAAAAUAAAUAACAUUAAAAAAUA